AUGGGUAACAGCUACAGCUUUGCAGGGCCAAACCGAGGCGUUCACAUCCAUGUGUUACUGAAGAAGGCCAGGAGAAUUUAUCACUCCAAGAUUGGGACAUGUCAGAAAGAGUUUCAGCACAGAGCAGGGCUUACGUUACGACGAGACAACUCGUCUUCUUCCACAGAGACCGACGAUGAGGGAAUGCACUGGAUGAGCCCGUGUCACCCACUUCUCACCGUCACCUCCCAUCUCUCUCUGACUUUUCUUUCACUGCACGAUUUCAUCCGUUUCAGCUCUUCAGGUGUGAACACUCUCAGUGGCAGCCUCCCCAAAUCCCACUCGUCUCAGAACUCUGACCUCCGUGUGACAUGCACACCUCUCUCUGUGGACCACAGUCCUGAUUCUGGACUUGUAUCCACACCUCUUCCAUCCAGUCAGUUCCGGUUUGUGUCGUGGCACCGCCUGGAGCAGUGUGACAUCACAGGUGACCAGCUGACCUGCCCCAGGGUCAGAGAAGGGCCGUCAAAGGAGGAGUUGUUUCAAAGAGCAGGGGGUGACGUCUAUUUGGUGAGAGGGAGAAGGAGGAGAGGAGAAGAGGAAGGACAGAGAUGGGAGGAAAGGCUGCAAGAAAAUUGGGAAAACUGUCUGGAGUUAAAUCUGUCCUACCAGGAUUUGGGGGAUCCCUUCCAGAAGGACAAUUUCCUCCGGAUCCUCCGCCGGUUGAUCCGCGUGGAGAAACUACAACUGGUUGACAAUUCACUGACUGACCUGAGUUCUGUACGACUGCCAAGGUGCAGAAUGUUAAACCUGCACCGUAACCACCUGGUGUGCCUGCGUCAGCUGCCAAAGCUCCCAGCAGUGGAGCACCUUUGUCUGUCCGACAAUGCCAUCGACUCCCUGGUGGGACUGGGUGCUCUGAAGAACAGUCCGCUGUGCUCCCUAAACCUGACCCACAACCCAGUGACCUUCACUCAGGACUACCGAGUACGUGUUUUCUCCUGUUUGCCAAAGCUUCAAGUCCUGGAUGGACUCCCCAAGUUGCCAGAAGAUUCUCUGCCCAGCAGACUACACUUCCCAGAAACCACCAGCAUGUGCAACAUCUUGUGACAUUCCUCCACGCAUCGAUGACUCACACCACACGUGCAGUUUAUCACGCUCUAUCAAAGCACUCAACAUGUUGGAAUUGCACUGCACUGACGGUUCCCUCAUCUUGUUGGAGGAAAGCCAACUGGUA